GGUAGGUCCCCCGCUAAGACGAGGCUUUUACGCCACGCGUGACGCCAAUAAGCGUAAGGGCCGGGGGUGGAGAAGUCGUCACCACCCGCCCGCGGUUUGCCGAGUUGCCGCGAGAGGGGCAUGUAGACCCCGCCUCGUAGGUGGGUGGGGAGUGGCAGGCCCCGCCUUGGCCCCUCUGCCAGGCGCCCGCCAGCGUCGCUGCGGCUCUGGCGGGGAGCGAGCGCGCAGAGCCGGGAAGGAUGCGGCACCCGCGGCGGCCCGGGGCUCUCGGGGCAUCCGGAGGUCUCCGGCUGCUCCUCUGCCUCCUGCUGCUCAGCAGCCGCCCGGGGGGCUGCAGCGCCAUUAGCGCCCACGGCUGUCUGUUUGAUCGCAGACUCUGCUCUCACCUCGAAGUCUGUAUUCAGGAUGGCUUGUUUGGACAGUGCCAGGUGGGCGUGGGGCAGGCCCGGCCCAUUUUGCAAGUCACCUCCCCAGUUCUCCAGCGCUUACAAGGUGUGCUCCGACAACUCAUGUCCCAAGGAUUGUCCUGGCAUGAUGACCUCACCCAGUAUGUGAUCUCCCAGGAGAUGGAGCGCAUCCCCAGGCUCCGCCCCCCGGAGCCCCAACCAAGGGACAGAUCUGGCUUGGUACCCAAGAGACCUGGUGCCACUGGGCAGCUGCUUUUCCAAGGCAUCCCAACUGGCUCUGCCCCUGCUGCCCAGCACCGGCUUCCACGACCACCAGUGGGUGGGGACGGAGCUGGGGCGGGCUCCCCCCUGUCCCCUCUGCAGGCUGAGCUGCUGCCCCCUCUCUUGGAGCAUCUGCUGCUGCCCCCGCCACCUCCCCACCCUGCCCUGAGUUAUGAACCUGCCUUGCUGCAGCCCUACCUGUUCCACCAGUUUGGCUCCCGUGACGGCUCCCGGGGCUCAGAGAGCUCCCCAGGGAUGGUCAGUGUCGACCCCCUGCCCAAGGCUGAAGCCCCUGCCCUCUUCAGCAGAACUGCCUCCAAGGGCAUGUUUGGGGACCACCCUGACCACUCCUAUAGGGACCUUCCAGGGCCCUCACCUGCUCAGCUUUUCCAGGACUCGGGGCUGCUCUACCUGGCCCAGGAGGUGCCAGUGCCGAGCAGGGCCAGGGUGCCAAGGCUGCCAGAGCAAGGGGGCAGUAGCCGGGCAGAGGACCCCUCAGAGGGCUAUGAGGAGGAACGACCAGGGGGUCGCAGGGAGAAACCGGCUUCCCCAGCAGUGCAGCCAGACACGACUCUGCAGAGACUGGCGGCUGUGCUGGCAGGCUACGGAGUGGAGCUGCGCCAGCUGACCCCCGAGCAGCUCUCCACCCUCCUGACCCUGCUGCAGCUGCUGCCCAAGGGCACAGGAAGAAAUCUGGGAGGGGCUGUAAAUGUUGGAGCUGAUAUCAAGAAAGCAGUGGAGGGACAAGCGCAGGGCAGAGACACAGCGGAGCCUCCACCCCCCACGCCCUCCUUGCCUGGACACCCCACUGCCGGCCCCACCUCCAGUGAAGUCCAGCAGGUGCUGGGCCCUGGCUCUUCUGAGCCUCCCAAAGCUGCCACCCCCCCUGCCACACCUGUCCUGCUGGAGAAGAAGAGUCCACUGGGCCAGAGCCAGCCCACGGCAGCAGGACAGCCUUCAGCUCGGCCAUCUGCAGAGGAGUAUGGCUACAUCGUCACUGACCAGAAGCCCCUCAGCCUGGCUGCAGGAGUGAAGUUGCUGGAGAUCCUGGCUGAGCAUGUGCACAUGUCCUCGGGCAGCUUUAUCAACAUCAGUGUGGUAGGACCAGCUCUUACCUUCCGCAUCCGGCACAAUGAGCAGAACCUGUCUUUGGCUGAUGUGACCCAGCAAGCAGGGCUCGUGAAGUCUGAACUGGAAGCACAGACAGGGCUCCAGAUCUUGCAGACAGGAGUGGGACAGAGAGAGGAGGCAGCUGCGGUUCUUCCCCGAACGGCACACAGCACCUCUCCCAUGCGCUCGGUGCUGCUCACUCUGGUGGCGCUGGCAGGCGUGGCUGGGCUACUGGUGGCUCUGGCCGUGGCUCUGUGUGUGCGGCAGCAUGCGCGGCAGCGGGACAAGGAGCGCCUGGCAGCCCUGGGGCCUGAGGGGGCCCAUGGUGACACUACCUUUGAGUACCAGGACCUGUGCCGCCAGCACAUGGCCACAAAGUCCCUGUUCAACCGGGCGGAGGGUCCGCCGGAGCCUUCCCGGGUGAGCAGUGUGUCCUCGCAGUUCAGCGACGCGGCCCAGGCCAGCCCCAGCUCCCACAGCAGCACGCCCUCCUGGUGCGAGGAGCCUGCCCAGGCCAACAUGGACAUCUCCACGGGACACAUGAUUCUGGCGUACAUGGAGGACCACCUGCGGAACCGGGACCGCCUGGCCAAGGAGUGGCAGGCCCUGUGUGCCUACCAAGCAGAGCCAAACACCUGUGCCACUGCGCAGGGGGAAGGCAACGUCAAAAAGAACCGCCAUCCCGACUUCCUGCCCUAUGACCAUGCCCGCAUCAAAUUGAAAGUGGAAAGCAGCCCUUCUCGGAGCGAUUACAUCAACGCCAGCCCCAUCAUUGAGCACGACCCUCGGAUGCCAGCCUACAUAGCCACUCAGGGCCCACUGUCCCAUACCAUCGCAGACUUCUGGCAGAUGGUGUGGGAGAGUGGCUGCACUGUCAUUGUCAUGCUGACCCCGCUGGUGGAGGAUGGCGUCAAGCAGUGUGACCGCUACUGGCCAGAUGAGGGCUCCUCCCUCUACCACGUAUAUGAGGUGAACCUGGUGUCGGAGCACAUCUGGUGCGAGGACUUCCUGGUGCGCAGCUUCUACCUGAAGAACGUGCAAACCCAGGAGACGCGCACGCUCACGCAGUUCCACUUCCUCAGCUGGCCGGCAGAGGGCACCCCGGCCUCCACCCGGCCCCUGCUGGACUUCCGCAGGAAGGUGAACAAGUGCUACCGGGGCCGCUCCUGCCCCAUCAUCGUGCACUGCAGUGAUGGUGCAGGGAGAACUGGCACCUAUAUCCUAAUCGACAUGGUACUCAACCGCAUGGCAAAAGGAGUGAAGGAGAUCGACAUUGCUGCCACCCUGGAGCAUGUCCGUGACCAGCGGCCUGGCCUUGUCCGCUCUAAGGACCAGUUUGAAUUUGCCCUGACGGCUGUGGCGGAGGAGGUGAAUGCCAUCCUCAAGGCCCUGCCCCAGUGAGAGCCUCAGCGCCCCUUGGUGGGCAGCCCAGCCUCCGGUCCCGCUUUGCCUGUAUGAGCAUCUAUCUGUGUGCCCACUCCUCCUCCCCCGCUGCGACCCUGGCUCUCCUGGGCGGGCCCAGCCCUUCCAAGAGGAGUGUAGAGGAAUCGGAAGUGGGAAGAGGCAGGGCCCACAGCCUCUCGCAUGCACAGUCUGGGCAUCCCACGGGGCAGCGGGCAGCCAGCGGGAGAGGAGAGGAUGGGGGCAGCAGAGCAGCAGUUCCACCCAGGGCCUCCUCCUGCCUAAAUUCCCUGGCCCUGCUCCCGUGGUUCGGGAUGCCCCAACAUGUCUGUGUGGACUCCCCCACGCUCCAGUGUGGACGGACCAGGGUGGAGGGUCGCCAGCCCCAGCUCCUCCUGCCUUCCCGCCCCAGCCUGCCUCCUUGACCCGGGCACGCUGUCCUCCCUGCCCCCACGCCACGCUCAACCUCGCUCCCUCUGGCACUAGAGACCAUUUCUAGAAAAAUCUACUUUUGUAUCAAUGUGAAUAAAGUUAGUGUGUUGUCUGUGCAGCUGCAA